AUGUAUGUGAAAUGCUUUCAUACAGUAAUGUUUUACUAUGUGAUUUUAGUGUAUUUAGUGAAUGUCACUUUUUGACAUUUUUAAAUUUCCCACCGUUCUGUCCCCGUACAUCCUGACGUCGCAGGGAACGGAACCCGGAAAACAGAUGCCAGCAUCGGCCGGAGGACAUUGCCGGGGACACUGCAGGAGGGACAUUGCGGGAGUGAAGGACAAGGUAAGUGAGGAAGAGAUCCCGGAGCAAUGCUGCCGAGUAUUCCUGAGUGUAGCUCGGGGUUACCACUUGUGCUACACUCGGGAAUACCUCCAGGGAGGCUAAGC